GGGAGCGCAAUUUGUACGUAGAGAGAAGGAGAAAAGCAAAAGGUUAUGAUGGAGAAUAUGAGCAUGUGAAUCUUCAGCAAAGAAACCUCAACUGCACUCAACAGCAUCGAGGGAACCACUCUUCCCACACUUUUUAUCAUCUCCUUGUCUCGCCUCUACAUUCCUUUUUCUCUGAAAUCCAGCUCUCAUCCUCCUCAAGAGGCUCCACAAAUAUCAGUCAACUCAACACUAUCCAAUGGAUGGUUAGUGUUGAUUAGCUGAAUUGUUGAGUUUGCUUUGAAAUGAGGGAUUGAAAGCUGUACUCGAGGUUCGAUUAGUGUUCGAUCUGCUGUGAAAUUAUGGCGGCAGAGAGGACAUUGUCGUUUUCCGUGGCAUCGGUAGUGGAAGAUGUGCUUCAGCAGCACGGGACUCAUCUAAAAGAUCUCGACUUGGAAUCCAGAAAAGCAGAAGAAACUGCAUCAAGAAGAUAUGAAGCAGCAGGUUGGUUGAGAAAGAUGGUUGGAGUUGUUGCAGCUAAAGAUUUACCAGCCGAGCCCUCUGAGGAAGAGUUUAGGCUUGGUUUGAGAAGUGGGAUCAUCCUCUGCAACGUUAUUAAUAAGGUUCAACCCGGAGCUAUACCCAAGGUCGUGGAAAGUCCUAUUGAUUCUGCACUUCUCCCAGAUGGUGCACCAUUAUCGGCAUAUCAGUAUUUUGAAAAUGUUAGGAACUUUCUUGACGCUGUCCAGGAGAUUGGACUUCCUACCUUUGAGGCAUCUGAUCUGGAACAAGGAGGAAAAUCAUCGAGGAUUGUGAACAGCGUUUUGGCCCUUAAAUCCUAUAGUGAAUGGAAACAAAACGGGGCGAAUGGUGUGUGGAGAUUUGGUGGAGCUCUGAAACCCACAGCUUCAGGAAAAUCUUUUGUCAGAAAAAAUUCAGAGCCAUUUACUAAUUCCCUGUCAAGGACCUCAUCCAUUAAUGAAAAAUCUUUGGCUGCUUUAACCUCUGACGUUGAGUCUAAUAAAAUGUCGGUUUCUCAUUCUUUGAGCAUGCUGGUUCGUGCAAUGCUAUUGGACAAGAAGCCCGAAGAAGUUCCAAUGUUGGUUGAAUCCGUUUUAAAUAAAGUGGUAGAGGAGUUUGAGCAUCGCAUUGCAAGUCAGGGUGAACAGACAAAAGCAACUUCAAGAGACGCUGUUUCUCAAGGCAAUGGUCCUGUAUCAAAGCAUGUUUUGGGAGAAAAGAAGGCGGAAAAUAAAACUAUUGUGGUUACGAAGAAAGAGGCAGUCAUUCACAAAGACCGUGUCACCGAUGAGGAAUUGCAAGCCCAACUUCUGAAACGGCGAACGCACUUUGAUCAGCAGCAAAGAGAAAUCCAAGAACUAAAGCAGACUAUCCAUACCACAAAAGCUGGCAUGCAGUUCAUGCAAAUGAAAUUUCAAGAGGAAUUCUCCAAUCUUGGCAUGCACGUUAAUAGCUUAGCUCAUGCGGCUUCCGGAUAUCACAAAGUUCUUGAAGAAAAUCGCAAACUGUACAAUCAAGUGCAGGAUCUUAAGGGGAGCAUUAGGGUGUAUUGUCGAGUAAGACCGUUCUUGCCUGGACAAUCAAACUUUUCGAGCACGGUGGAAAAUAUAGACGAUGGAACUAUCACAAUUAAUGUCUCAUCAAAGAAUGGGAAAGGACGCAGAUCCUUUAACUUCAACAAAGUCUUUGGACCAUCAGCAACCCAAGCGGAGGUAUUUGAUAUGCAGCCUCUCGUUAGGUCUGUUCUUGAUGGGUAUAACGUUUGCAUAUUUGCGUAUGGUCAAACAGGAUCAGGAAAAACUUACACUAUGACUGGACCGAAAGAGAUUACAGAGAAAAGCCAAGGUGUAAACUAUCGGGCUCUGGGUGACUUGUUUCUUAUAGCAGAUCAGAGAAAAGAUACUCUUCGUUAUGAUGUGUCCGUUCAAAUGAUUGAGAUUUACAAUGAGCAAGUCAGAGAUCUGCUAGUUACUGAUGGAAGCAACAGAAGAUUAGAAAUUCGAAAUAGUUCUCAUAAGGGGCUCAGUGUGCCAGAUGCCAGCCUCGUUUCUGUAUCCUCAACUCUUGAUGUUAUUGAUUUGAUGAAACUGGGGCACAGAAACCGUGCUGUUGGAGCAACUGCCCUUAAUGACAGAAGCAGCCGCUCUCAUAGUUGCUUGACUGUUCAUGUACAAGGAAGAGAUUUGACAUCAGGAACUGUCCUUCGGGGAUGCAUGCAUCUUGUUGACUUGGCAGGAAGCGAGAGGGUAGAUAAAUCGGAGGCCACAGGAGAUAGGCUAAAAGAGGCGCAACAUAUUAACAAAUCUCUCUCAGCUCUGGGUGAUGUCAUCGCUUCCCUUGCUCAGAAAAAUCCUCAUGUCCCAUAUAGAAAUAGCAAACUCACACAAUUACUCCAAGAUUCGCUUGGAGGACACGCCAAGACCCUAAUGUUCGUCCACGUAAGUCCAGAGAGUGACGCUCUCGGCGAAACAAUCAGCACCUUAAAAUUUGCCGAAAGAGUUGCUACAGUUGAGCUUGGAGCUGCUCGAGUAAACAAAGAUAGUGCAGAUGUUAAAGAGCUCAAGGAACAGAUUGCUAGCCUUAAGGCAGCAUUGGCAAGAAGGGAGGGAGAAUCGGAACACGUGGUGCAGCAUUCUUUAUCUGGAAGCUCUGAAAAGUACAGGAAAAAGGCUAGUAGUGAGCUCUCACCUUAUCAUACUGACAAGCGGGGUGCAGAUACAGUGGGUGAUCACCUUGGAUGCCGGCAACCUAUGGUUGAUGUUGGCAACAUAGAGCUGCACGGUAAUAGCACAUUGAAGCCAAAAACUCAGAGCUUUGAUUUUGAUGAGAUAUCAACAAAUUCACCGCCAUGGCCCCCAGUGAGUAGUCCUGGACCAAACUACGGGGAAGAUGAUAAAGAAACUGGAUCUGGAGAGUGGGUUGAUAAGGUCAUGGUAAAUAAGCAAGAUGUGAGCAAAACUGAGAACCCCUUGGGACUUUGGGGAGCAGACAAUGGAAACUUGUCUGAUGUCUUUUAUCAGAAAUACCUCCAAGAUUCUUCCAAAAUAUACACUGAUCAGUCCUAUAAUGUGUUUAUGGGAGGCAGCCAGUUCAAUGCUGCAGGGUCAGAUGGCAUGGAUGAUCUUGAUGCUGCAACCAGUGAUUCUUCGGAACACGACUUACUUUGGCAGUUUAAUCAUUCCAAACUUCCAGGCGUCGCCAAUGGCAUUGGACCGAAGACUAAGACAUCUGUCCCAAAGUUAACAAAAGGCCCAGAACUGAGCAAGAGUAUCACCAAUCCUUCUCUUGGUCCUUCUCCUUCACGGAAGCAAUCAAACGGUGUCUCGCAUCGACCGGGAAGGCAUCCAGCUUCGGUUGACAUGAAACGAAAAAAUGGGAAUAGAAAGUGAACAUUUUUAAAAUUUACACGCUAAAAGGGUGAUUUUUUUUUAUUAUUUCUUUUCAUUUUUUUUUAACAAUUUUAGAUUUAGGAGAGAGCGAGGGAUUUCUCUGUGAUGUUUUUAUUAUUUUUGGUUGUAUAAAAUAUAAAUGUAAUUUGUAUUAUACAGAUACAGAUAAUGCAACAAUAAUACCCGUUGCUUGCUUCACCAA